AAUGUACCAAGGGUAGAUAACUCUAACCUGAAGACGUUCCACAACACGCUUGGGAAAGUUUGAAGUCUAUACAAUUUGACAUUAUAGCAUAGAUCAAGAGAAUGAAUCAAACAAUUACAAAAUUAUCACGGCUACUCAAACGUGUUCCCUCAUGGAACAAUGCCUUUCAUUUUAUACGUAGCGACAAUUUUUAUUCUAGGACAUCGUACAGACGUUUGCUGUGCACAUCGAAUAGAAAACCUAUAGCAAUCGCAUGUUUAAAUGGAGACGCGCAGUUCACGAAAAGGCUACAAAGUCCAAGGUUCUAUGCAACACAAAAACCGACAGAAAAUAAGAAGGACCUUGUUGAAGCUAAAGAGGGUCCUUAUUCUGGUCUGACACGUGGAGAAAAGGUAAAGGAAGCUGGCAAAGAUAUCUCUUAUGGCUUGGUCAUUCUAGUUGGUGUUGGUAUAACAGGGAUCAUAUUCUAUGUGGUUGGCCGAGAGCUGUUCUCAUCCCAGAGUCCAAGUGGGAUAUACGGAGAUGCUCUGAAGAAAUGUAUGGAGAAUGAUCAGUUGAUUAGUAUGCUGGGAGAGCCACUGAAAGGCUACGGUGAGAUGACACGACGUCGGCGUAGAAGACAUGUCAGCCAUCAAGAGUUUGAGAGCGGUGGCGUGAAAUACAUGAGGAUGCGAUUCUAUGUUGAAGGCCCGCAUGGAAAGGCUACGGUUACCGCUGAGAUGAAGCAGAAUGAUGCAGGGAAGUACGAGUACCGAUACGUCGUGGCCGAGUUGCAGGGCUAUCCGGCGCGAUCUGUGUUAGUAGUGGACAACACGUGAUACACGCCAAACCACAUGCCUGCAGUGUGUGCUGACCAAUCAGCAGUGUCUUGUAUGACUGUUAUCCUGUCUAGGGAAGAGUUUGUUGAUACACUUUAAAAUGUGUCAUCACAUUGUGUGUGUGCCAACACUUCAUCUCAAAUGUUGAUGCAACUAACUUACAUGAUUAUCCUUUUGUAAUAUACAUCAAUAAAAGAAGGUGAUUUCUU